GGAUGAAUUAGGUAAUUAUUACAUAAGCGUUGACUGGGUUGUGGAAUGCGGCUAGAAGGGAUUGACGAUAAUUUACCUCGACCGCCGUACGUUUGCAGCGAUGGCCCCGACUCAACCCUUCUCCUCUCCCCAUGUGCACCCGCCGUAUCCUUCUCUCUACCUUUAUCCUCUAAACGACACUUUCAUUCCAAAACAUAUCUCCCUUCACAAUGGUCAGCGCGUAAAGAUCGGGCGCCAGACAAACACAAAGACGAUCCCAGGAGAGAGAAACGGUUAUUUUGACUCAAAAGUACUAAGCAGACAGCAUGCAGAGAUUUGGGAGGAUAGUGGAAAGAUAUACAUCAAAGACGUGAAAAGUUCUAAUGGCACUUUCAUCAACGGCGAACGACUCAGCCCAGAAGGAGUUGAGUCCGAGCCAUUUGAGCUCAAAAACGAUGAUAUAGUGGAAUUUGGUAUCGACAUCAUUGGUGAAGACAACAAGACCACAAUCCACCACAAAGUUGCCGCCCGUGUCAUGUGUGUAUUCACAGAUGAAGAUGCACACCUCGCUGCCCGCGUAGAGGCCAUCCCAUCAUCCGUCUCUCUUCCUUCCAGUAUCCCCUCUGUCCUUCCUCCCGCCACUUCAUCAUCUGGAAGUAAUAAUAACUUUAGCUUUGCACAUCCGCAGCGCCGCCCCGCCCUCCAGAGCCAGCUUGGUGGUAUGGGCGGUAGUAUGCGACCACCGGGCAAAAAUGGCCUAACCUUUGACCACAUAUUAAGUAGGCUUCAAGGCGAACUCCAAAAGAGUCGCGAGACCGGUGCAGAACUGCAUUCCCUAAGCACUUCAAUGAAUGAUAUUCACGACACGCUCGGUGGCUCCGUGCCCCAAAACCUACCGCACUUCCCUCAAUCACUCCCUCCCGUGCGUUCACAACAAACAUCGACAAGCCCUGCAUCUGUACCCGCACCUGCCGCGCCCGCAAAUACAGAACCCCCUGCGCCUCCCCCGGAGCACCCUGCCCUUUCUGAGUUGCGUACAGAGCUACACGAGACUCAAGCCAGCCUCGCAAGCCAUGUCAACAAGGUCCGCGCACUCGAGGACAUGCUUGCAGAGCAUGAGGCCAUCAAGGCCGAGGUUGCAGCUCUCCGCGACCUUAUCCACGCUUCAUCCGCACGUUCCCAGCAGGACAAUGGCAUGAAUGUAGACCUGGAGCGCGGUCGCCGUGAACAAGACGAUGACGAAGCAUCUAGCAUUCGUACGAUCACCCCGCAUGAGUUGGAGCGCGUCGAAGAAGAGGACGAGAACGAAGAGCAGGAUGAGAGUGAGGAGGAUCGGGAGCGUGCACGGAGGAGGGAGGAGCUGGGCAGGCCACGGACGCCGGAGCCAUCGGGAAUGGGAAUGGACGAGGACGAGCUUGUGCAUGCCCGUGCAUCCAACGUUGAACCUUCGACAUCUCGAUCACGGUCACGAUCUCCUUCGCCACAGCCAUCGCACCCUGCACUAGACGAGCUCUCAGCACGGCUUGCAGCUCUCAGUGGACGCAUAGAUAGUGCUGUGGAAGUCAACCAUUCCCUAGCGGCACAACACGCUGCCGCUCAAGGCACGAUCACUGCGCUGGUUGCAGACCGGCAGCUCGAGACGCAGAUCGCUGCAGCUGUAGAGGCCCAACUCGCCAAGGCCGUAGAAAGCGCGGUAGAAGCCCAGCUUCGCGCACAGAAACAACAGCAACCGGACCCUGCAGAAGGGUUGACUGCUCUGAUGGCAGAGUGGAAGAAGGGCGUGGAAGGGCAAUGGAGCACAGUGCAAGAAGAAUGGGGCGCAGAGCGCGAACGGCUACGCCGGGCCUUUGAGGGGCUAGAAAACGGACUAGACGCACGGGUAUCGACUGUCAUUACUUCGCACGUACAGGCGCAAACACAUGCAAGACUUCAAAACGGUGACCUCAAGCUGCAUACUACGAACGGGACGAACCCUAUUGGUGGAGGACUGGUGACGCCUCCGAGUCCUGUGAGCGUCGCUUCUAAUCCUGGUCGGGGGAAAGCGCGAAGACGAAGACGUUCGAGAUCUCCAUCUGUGUCUUCCAUCGAGUUGGACGAUGAUGCGCAGAAGAAUGGAAAUGGGAUUGUGAACGGGAAUGAUGCAGGUCGAUCACGAUCUCCUUCGCCUGGACCGUCGAUUGCGGGGAGCGAACCUGAGGUAGAGGGUGAGUUGGAGAAGCACGAGGGUGUGCAACCUCUAACCCCAGAAUCAUCUAUCACGGAUGCCGGGGGUACGGAUACUGUGGGGAAGAAACCGCAACUACAGAUGCAGACGCAGACAGAGGUGACGCAACGGCUGCAUUCGGCAUCAACGACAAUAACAGCUGCCGUUGGCGUCCUUGUCUUGAGCGUCGCGGCUGCUGCCGUGCUAUAUCGCAUGAAACCAGAAUAAGCAAGUAUUGAGGGGGUGAGGAGUGCGUAUUUUUCUAUUCCCACUCCCGUUUCCCAAUGUGCUAUUUGCAAUGGAUAAAACGUAUCGAGUAUCAGGUAUUCCGCUGUGGAAUGUGCAUGCAUCGGAUGGUUCGGGUGUCUCUCAUCUGUUAUGUCUAUCGUGUCUGUCCCUCGCUCUCUUUGACGCAUCGCACUCAUUUUUCAACUUCAUACAUCAAUAUCCUUCGUGGUGGCAUAUCACUCCACCCCAACCCCAUACCACCCGUUCAUGCACGCAUUCACGCAUCGCAUCGCAUUACAAUUAUUUUAUCCUUUUUUCUUCUUUUCUCUUUCUUCUGUCACACUUGUAUUGAAUUGUUGGUCUGCGUUUCUUGUGGUUGUUUAUGCGUUCUUUUUACUUGAAGUAUAUACGUAUUUUAUUCAUGUCUGCCUUUCUAUGCGCUCUCGGUUUUAAUGACAGUCAUGACUUUUUUAUUUGGGA